AUGACUUUCCCAGCCAAAAGACGUGCUAAGAAGCUAAAGCAUCAGCCAGAUCCAGAGUUUAGUUUUCUUGAAAAGAGUACUAAAGCUACCCUUGGGAGCCGUCAAAAGAAGAGAUUAAAGAAGCGUUUGCUAAAUGAUAAGGAAUCAGUUAAAAAACUAGCUAAAGAAUCUAAAGUUUCAGAAGAAAAGCCUUCUGAAAAUAAGCAAUUGUUUGACGAGGAUGAGCUAAUGGAAGAAAUUGACGAUUUUGCUAAUAUAAAUGAAGAUUUAAAGGAACUUCUAAGUGAUGAAGAUGCUGAAUCUAUAAACUCCUUAGCUUCAGAUGAUGAAGAGGAUUUACCUGUAAAUGGUAAGGAACCACGAGCUGAAGGUGAUGAGGAAGUUGGUGGUGAAAUUGAGACGAAUAUUGCUACUUCUGACUUCCCCACUGGUCCAACAUAUGACCUUAAUGAACUAGAUCAGCGCAUUAAAGAUGCAUUGCUUGUUCUCGGGGACUUCAAAACUCGUGCCCCACCAGGAAUGAAGCGAAAAGAAAUUGUAGAUUCACUUCUCAGUAACCUCUGUCAGCGAUACAACUACAAUCGCUUCAUGAUGAACUUGUUCUAUGACCUCUUCCCCAAAGAAAUCCUCGAAGCUCUAAAAGCUAAUGAAACAGACCGUCCAAUUACAAUACGAACGAAUACACUCAAAACUCGUCGUAGGGACCUUGCUCAGGCUCUUAUCAAUCGUGGUGUUAAUGUUGACCCCCUUUCCUCGUGGAGUAAAGUUGGUUUGGUUGUUUUCAAAUCUCAAGUACCUCUUGGUGCCACACCGGAAUACCUGGCUGGCCAUUAUAUUCUUCAAGGUGCUUGUUCUAUGCUGCCCGUAAUGGCUCUUGCUCCAAAACCAAAUGAGAGGAUUCUUGACCUAUGUGCAGCCCCAGGUGGCAAGACUACAUAUAUAGCCCAAUUGAUGAAGAACACAGGUACCAUUGUCGCCAACGACGUGAGCUCUGAUCGUGCUAAGGCUCUUCUCGGUAACUGUCAUCGUAUGGGUGUCGUUAACACUAUGAUCUGCGUUGAAGACGGACGAAACUUCCAAAAAACCAUGGCUGGCUUCGAUCGCGUCCUUGUUGAUGCACCUUGCUCAGGUACUGGAGUCAUUGCAAAGGAUCCCUCAGUAAAGGCACACAAGGGAGAUGAGGAUAUCAAACAGUGUGCGAUGCUCCAGAAGCAACUUAUCCUAUCGGCCAUUGACUGCUGCAAACCUGGGGGAUACAUUGUCUAUUCGACCUGUUCUAUUACGAUUCAAGAAAACGAAGGGGUUAUCGAUUACGCACUUCGCAAGAGGAAGGUGAAGUUGGAGGACACCAAUCUGUUCGGUUUGGAAGGAUUCACUAGCUUCAAGGGUCAACAUUUCUCUCCGAACAUGAGUCGUACUCGGCGGUUCUAUCCACAUAAGCACAAUGUGGACGGUUUCUUUGUUGCCAAAUUGAAGAAAAUCGCUUGA